AUGAAAAUUUUCCUAAUAAUUUUCGCACUUGCCUCAUUGACUCUCAAUUCGGGAUAUGUUUUCAUGACAUUUUACUACAAGUCUGACUUGAAAAAAGUUGCAAAACAAGUAUUCACUAUUUGCUCGGCAUUCAACAUUGUAUUCUGCUUUUUGACAAUCUGUUUCCAACCUGUAUUUUCGUUUGAAAAUCGUGGACUUGUUAUCACCAGCGAAAUAAUCAAUGUUGAAUACUUCAUCGGAAAACUGCUUAUGGGAUUCUAUCUAAGUCUGUUCUUCACGCUUCCGAUGUUACAUACGAGUCAAAGUCUCUUAACAUACUAUCAAAACAAACUGUGAGUUUCUGGACUAUUGCAGAUUAAUUUUUUGUAAAAAAAUGUGACAGGAAUUUUUGAACUUUCAUUAAUAAAAAUAAAUAUGAUGUUAAAUUUUAUUACAAAAAAAACCUUUUUUUUGCAAAACAUUAACUGUGAUUUCAAAAUUCUGAAUUCAGAAAUCAACGCAACAAAAACUAUCUCAAACAGUUUAUAUGUUCCGUAUCUGGUGUUAUCAUAUUUUUUGGAAUUAUCAUUCUGUUUUCUACGGACAAUAGCGAAAAUGACGGACUUUACUGGAAAUUGCCAAGUUUUGUUCAUAUCAACUUUUUCGAAAUCAUUACUGUUGCCACACUUGUUUUUCUUGGUUUUUUUAUUUGGGGAAAUUAUUCGUUGUAUAAAGAAGUCACGAAUAUUGCCGAAAUUCUAGCAAAUGAACAAACUACAAAUCUCUACCAUAAAACUUUGAAGCGUAAUUUCAUUCAAGCUGCGGUGACAAUCUUUAUGCUAUACCUGCCAGCCUUAUACUUCUCAUUCUUCUUUGUCGGACUUCUCAACAAUGCCUAUGACAGUCAAGUUAUUCAACUUCUCCCAUUUCUCAACAUGAUCAUCGAAAAAUCCAAUGCAAUUUAUGGUGCCUAUCGCCAUAUUCCAGGACCCAACUAA